UUAGAAAAUGUUUCGGCUGGCAGUUUUCUUGGCGUUUACCUCUUCUGUCUUAGGGGGUUUCUUGGAUGGUGAUCUACAGUUGGCUGACGGUGUGAAGUUAGUUAGUAUACCAGUGAAUAAUUUGGAAGAUGAAGGCAGAUCGUUCGGAGAGAACUCGGUACUAUUUCGGAUGGCAAAGUUUUUGCAAGGACACGAGUUACAUGUUAAAUUACCAACAUUGAUCGAAAAAGACAAACUGACGAGGAUUUUGGCGGAAUCGUUGAAGACCGUGGAUGAAUCUAGUAAAAAUAACACAGUGACGGGAAGAGGCAAAGGCGGAGGAGGAGGUGGCGUAGCUCUACUUGGUCUGAUGUUCGCGAAGGCUGUCGGUGCUGCCGGUAUUGGUGGAUUGGGUCUUCUGACUAUGAAGGCUCUAGCCGUGUCCGCAUUAGCCCUUUUGCUGUCAGCCAUCGUUGGAGUUAAGAAACUGGCAUCACAUGAUGACCAUGAUGAUCACCAAGUCAUCUACGCAGGUCAUCACGGUCACCACAGGAGAAGAAGAGACCUGGUCACACCACUGCCUUAUCAAGGAUGGGUACAAUACGCACAAAAAACGUCAUAGACUUUGAAAGCCGAAAUUUCUCUUAGGGCGUUAUUACACUAGCAUAUGUUCAGAUUGUAUAUAAGAUCAUAUUUUAAAAGUCAUAAUUUCAGUAUGGAAAUGUUAUGCGAUCGCACGUAAAUAUUCCAAAAACUAUAAUUAUUGUUUUCACCACGUAGGUAUUAAAUUUACAUAAAUAUGAUCCUGUAUAUAUGAUAGUGUAACAACAACCAUAAUAUUAUCGCUUAGUCUUACCCAGUAAAGAGCUAGUAAUAAAAUUAAUAAAUAGAAAAUUUAUUUUGAUGAAUGACGAAAAAGUAAUAUAACAUUUUAUAGGAAAGUUUUGUGAAAAAUGAAAAAAAAUAGUGGAUUAUAUCACAAGAGAAUAAAAUAGAGUUAGAAAUUGUAUCACACAGCGACUGAAUCGAUAUACGUAGUCUGAGAUAAAAUGUGACCGAUUUAUAUAAUGUAUUUUUUAUUCUCAUUUCAAUAAUUCAUGCAAGAAAGAGAUUAAAAUGUUCAUUCUUUUAUAAAAUAAAGAAUAACUCAGAUUAUUAUACUAUUGAAAAACAUUAUCGUAUUUUGGAAAAUAUCAAAUUAAAAAGAAUUUACUAUUUCUUUUUAUCGCAAUAGUUCUUAAAAUUAUUAUAGUUAUU